UAAUGUUUCAGCCGACGCCCCUCCCCCUGUCUCGUUUUCUCCCCUCACUCAACCUCUCCUUUGACUCACAGAGGCGGCUCAGCACCGGCGCACGGACCGCGGAGGAUACGGCGCAGAAGAUGGCUGACUCGGCUGUGCACCGCGAGCCCUCGGCGGCAUCCCCGGCGUCACUCGGGCCGCUGAAGAGCCGCAGGACCUCCGCCGUGUGGCGGCUGUAAACAGCUGCCGCUGCCUCUCUCCUCUCUUACACACAUACACACACGCGCGCGCGCGCGUUCCCCUCCUCCUCCUCUCCCCACCUCACCGCAAAUAUUGACAGAAGUAUCACAGAAAAACAUGGCAGAGAUGGAAAAAGAGGGCAGACCUCCGGAAAAUAAAAGAAGCCGCAAGCCAGCGCACCCGGUGAAAAGGGAAAUAAAUGAAGAGAUGAAGAGUUUUGCAGAGAACACCAUGAACGAGUUGCUGGGCUGGUACGGCUAUGACAAGGUGGAGCUAAGGGACGCUGACAACCUGGAGAUCGGAGAGAUGCCACAGCACAUCGCAGCGCUCAAAGAAAACACGUUGCCAAAAAUCCCAGGUUCAGCAGAGAGCAGUGAAGGCUCUCCGGAUAGAGCCAACAGCUCCCUGUCCAUGCCAAACUCAAGAAAUGGAGUCACAGAGCCAUCCAGCACUCCAUCCACCUCCACACCCAGCACCAAGGAGCAUGGCAACAUGCCCAUCGUGGUCCCCAUGAUCCCUCCACCGCUUAUCAAGCCCCCUGCAGAUGAAGAUACAUUAAAUGUGCAGAUUAUGUGUGCUUGGUGCCAGAAGGUUGGCGUCAAGCGCUAUUCUCUGAGCAUGGGGAGUGAGCUGAAGAGCUUCUGCAGCGAGAAGUGCUUUGCUGCAUGCCGCAGAGCCUAUUUCAAGAGAAAUAAGCUGGGAUAUGUAAGGAAUUAUACAACGAGAGACGACGGCAGCCUUGGAGGGAAAUUACCCCGGCACGUCUUUACUCAGGAUGCUCCCCGGCUUGUCUUCAAGACAAACAGCGAUGUUCUUGUUUGUGACUGGUGCAAACAUAUUCGCCACACCAAGGAGUACCUGGACUUUGGUGCUGGUGAGCGCCGGCUGCAGUUCUGCAGUGCCAAAUGCCUAAACCAAUAUAAAAUGGACAUUUUCUAUAAGGAAACCCAGGCUGCCUUGCCUGGAGCGCUGUGUAACCCUGGCCAUGGAGCUGGAGGGGAGGGUAAACCAGAGUGUAGUGGAGGGGUGCAGUUGCUCACUCCUGAAUCCUGGGGAACUCCACUAACAGAUCUUCGUCGUAAAGUUCCUUCACCAGCGGGCCAUUCUGGCACCUCUGCCUUGGUCUCUUCCACUUCUUCUGCCACCUCACCAUCAGAAACAGCUGCUGUCUGCUCCCCUUCCUCAUCAGCUUCAGCCAAAAUCCCCACACCAAGACCCCAUGAAAGCCCAACACUUCCCCCUCCUCCUGUUCCUUUGCACCCACCAGUGGGGGUUCCCUCUGGUAGCCCUCCCAUGGUGAUGACACCCAGAGGACCCAUGCCUCUGCCUUUGUUCAUGGAGCAUCAAAUGAUGCAGCAGAUCCGUCCACCAUUUCUUCGCCCCUCUGGCCAUCCAGCGGGACCUAACAGCCCACUUUCAAACCCCAUUAUCCCUGGUAUUGGUCCACCACCUCCCCCAAGAACCCUUGGUCCAGCAUCAAGCCCUAUGCACAGACCCCUCCUAUCUCCACAUGUCCACCAUUCAUCCAAUCCUAAUCCCGGUAUGAUCCCACCUCACCCUGGCCUACCGAUGCCAGGUCUACCCCCUUUUCCUCCUGUCAGUAUGAUGCCCAAUGGACCCAUCCCUUUUCCCCCAAUGAUGAACUUUGGCAUGCCAUCCUUAGCUCCUUUGGUACCCCCACCAACUCUCUUGGUCCCUUACCCAGUCAUUGUACCUCUCCCUGUUCCAAUACCUAUUCCAAUCCCAAUCCCUUUUAACUCCAAAGCUUCUAGGGAGAAACCAGAAAGCAGUAGUUCUGUCCACAGUGCUCCAGAUUCUUCAGAAGCUUCAUCCUCUAGGCCUCACUCUCCAAGUUCUUCAGGAAGCGACAAAGGGGACCACAAGACAGAGCCAGCUGGUGGAGAACAGGUUUCUCCUAUACCUGGUGAGAGAAGUAGGACAGCGUUCAUGGACUUGACUGUGAAGGCAGAAGAGAAUCCAGGCAGUCUUUGUCUUUCCAGUGGCACCAAACUGAUCGAUGGUGUAAUUGAUCUAACUGUGGGCCAAAAGCCAGGCCAGCAGCAGCUCAUUCAGACCGUUCUAGCUGGAGUCCAGGUCAAAGUGGAGGAAUCGAGAUCUCCACCGGCUGAUGGGUUUGGGAGGGAAUGUAUGGGUAAUAGAAGGGAGAAUGCUCUUUUACCACAGAGCAGUUUUACAGAACUGGACACAAUUGCACACCUUAAGUCAAGGGACUUUGCAGCUCCACCUCUCAGCAAGACUGACCUUCCAGAGAGUCAGUUAAAUCCUAAUUUUAAAACGCUGCCCUUAGCUACUUCAGUACGGACCCAGUCUUUAGGCCUUCCUCAGCUCCAAGCUAACUCUGCUGCCCCUCGUAAUGUAAUAGUCAAUGGCACUGGAUGGCAUUCCCUUCUCAAUCCAGACCGAAAAGGAGAAGGUGAAGGGAAGGACCCACAAAACAAUGGUGAUCUGGAGCACGAGGCGCUGAAAGAAAACAAUUGUUCAGUGGGAGAGACAGGGAAACGAUUAUCAGCACAAGAUGAGAAAGUGGACACAAAUAAGGACAGCAAGCCAGACCCUGACUCCAGCAUGGAGGAGGGUGAACACGCCUACGCCCUACCACUGCUCUCAGCGGGAGGUUGUGUCGUCAUUCAGCCCGUGCCAAAGCCUGCCGCUGACAAGACAGCCAUCCUGUCCUGCUCCAUCAGUGCACCGUUGUCAGCAGGAGGUAGCCCUGAGCUGGAGCCGCCGCUGAAGAGGAGGUGUCUGCGAAUCCGCAAUCAAAACAAAUGAGAUGGAUGCUCUGAUAACCGCAGUGCCAUCAGCGACUCACCUGUCUACCCCCGACCUCUAAAUCCCAUCACUCCAAGCCACACCACUCCUCACAGUCACACGCACGUAGGUUGUUGUCAUCUCACCGUCUACCAGCACUACAAAUCGCCUUUUGAGACUGAAGAGAAUCCAAGAAAACUAAAUUAUGUGUAUCAUAGCGGACAGCGCUCCUCUUGUCUGUGAGACAGACCAUCAGAGGGACGAAUUUUAUACAUAAGGGACAUUUUGGCCAGCAGGACCACUUGACCUUUAAACUGGAGACAGUAAAUUCUUGCAACAGGAGGAUUAACAGGCCCCCCACCACCGCUGCUCCUCGUGUUAUUUAAAGAUUCAUUCUGUACUGCCCCCUAUCAACACAAGCACUAUAUGUAUUUUUCUUUUCUUACUAUGGAGCUUUCUGUGAUAUUCAGAAGUCAAAGUGGAAAGCUUUGAAGCAAGAUGACGCUACAACCAAGGUACUAAAUGUUUGCCCAUGUAUUUUAUUAUUUUGGUCCUUUCUAAAUGCAUACCAUAUUUUUUGAAUGAUACAGAUGACUCAAAAUUGGAAAAAAAAGCACAAGAACAGUUCAUGCAGUGCUAAAUUGAUUGUUUAACCUGAGCGGUCAAAGCUGCCCUUAAUUAUUUACAUUUAUUUAGCUGUUUUGACAAAAAGAUUGUUUAAUAAAAUGGCUACGAUAGAAAUAAUUAGCUUCAAAUCAGGAAAUUACCACCAGUUACUUUAGCUAUUUAUUCCUCCCCACAUUUUAUUAAAUAGCAAAUGAUUAGCUAAUAAUGACUUAAUUGUCAGUUUAAAAUGAGCAAAAAACAGGCAAAGAGCUAACCUCUAAUAAUAAUGGGAGAUAAGUAAUCUUUACCCAUUUUUUCCCCUGUCUCAUUUCUAACUAUUAGAUUUACUAUAUAAUUAGCUGUUUGAAAAUGUAAUGGCCAAGUAUCCUUUAAUAAUCAUUUGGAAUCUACAUAAUUUCUCUGGAAAAUGCAUCAGUAGCUAAAUGCUAAUUGUUCAGUUACGAGUUUUCACUUUUUUUCACCCAUUUGAAAAUAAUCAUUAACUUAUCUUUACCAAAUCAGUGGUUGUCUAACAAGACGUCAAGUUCGCACUUCAGUGGUCGUAUACUGACUGUAAAUUAAUCAUUAUAUGUUCAACCGCUAUUACACCAAAUUUGACCAUGAAUUCAUCCGUAGCUAAUUGCUAAUGAUUCAGUGGUAAUUAGCAUCAGUAGCUAAUGCCUAGUGGUUAAUUAGCCACUGAUGCUAACUGCCUGAGGUUCAUUAAUGAUUUGCCACAAUUUUCUUACUUAUUUCAAACAAAGACCAAAAGUAUACUCCAUUCUCUACUUCAUCAUUAAACAAUUGACAAAAAUCCUUCAAUUGUCCAAUACUAAUAACAAAUAAGGUAUUUUUUUUUAUCUUUCCUGCCUCUCCCAUGUGAAAAUGACCAUUAAUUAGCCUCUAACAUAUCAGUAGCUGAAUGUCAACUUCACAGCUGGGUGUCAGUAAAUUCACUAGUAAUAACUUAUUAAUAGUGAGUGAUUAAAUUAUUAUUAAAUAAAACAAUUAACCCUAAUAUGAACCAUUAAUUAAACAAAAAUAAGGAGCUAGUUGCUAAUGUGUAACUAGCAAUGUGCAGGCUUGUUCAUUUCUCACUGAUAUUAUUUGGUUCAGUUUCAUUCUGGAUAGAUUUGCUAAAAAAUAUUAGCAAUAAAGCCAUAAUUUGCUGGAUAAUAUAACUGAGGCUUAAUCAUUACAAAAUCUUUAGUUGUAAAAUAUAUUUAGAUUACAGCUAACAAACCAAUAAUUGCCAAGAAAUUGGCUGAUUAGGGCUUUGUCAUUACGUUAAUUUAUUCUUUAUUGGCCCGUGUAAAUGUCCUAAUAAGAUUAAGAUCUAUUCAAAUUACAGACCUACUCUACAAGGGAGCAAGGCUUAGAAUAAAAUCUAUAUCAAUAUAACAGUAAUUGCUAAAUAUCUAAAACAAAAGAAACCCAUCUAAUGUUAAGAAUAAACAAAUGAACAGGUCUGGCUAACUAACAAACCUGACUAGUAACUCGUGAGUUCCCAUGUGACAAAACAACAUUUUAGAUCCUGCUUGAAAAGUGGUUCCUCAACUGUCCACAAACUCUUCUAAAUGACCUAGAUUUUUGUUUGAACUUAAAGUGUUGUCCUUUGGCAAUGUUGUCCGUUGUGUGUUCAGAACUGCCAUCUAUUCAGUUUGACUUGUAUCCCGGUCAAACAAACCCAGUAUUAGUUUACAUUUCAUUGGCGAGAUGCACUGUACCAGUUUGUGAAAUAUGCUAAAGUCCUCUGGUGUUUGGAGACGAAACAUGGAGCCAACUUUUUUAUCGUUAAAGUCAGCUUUGUAAGACAAGAUUAGAGCAGAUAACGAAUGGUUGCCUUGAAAAAAUACUUAUCCCAAGAAGGAGGACUUAAGAAUGAUUUAAAAUACAGUAUUCCUCUUAAAACGCAAUUUUUAAACAACAAAGACCCUAAAAAAACUGAUAAUGCGAAAAAGUGCACUAACUUUGCAAUCAUGCAUAGUUUUUCAGUUUAUCCUGUAGCCAGCGUUUUAAUUCACUCUUGACCUGAAAGGGGUCAACAUAUACUCUUAGCUCAGUCACACACAAAAAGCAUGCAAGAUCACGUCUAACAGGCUCCAUAAAUGUAACCAUGUACAAGUUUGUUGUGAGGCAGCUGUAAGCAGAAGCUCCAGCUGAGAUUACACUGCAUGUAACUGUAUCUGUGAGCAGCAAGUUGGGCGUUUAGGACUAGCCUCGUGUCAGCCUCAGUUUGGCAAUCUUUGCAGUGUUCCUACUCUACUCUUUCUGCAAGAAACAAAAGGGUAAGAAAUACAGUGUUAGAAAUGUGUAUUUUUUCCUUUGGAUUGAAAUCUAAAAAGUGAUGUCAGAAGAAUAUGUUAUUCUUUUGACUGGAACUGAAUAAUCAGCUAAAAUCAGUUCUUAUUCCCACAGUGUGAAAGAUCCCGGCACAUCAGAUGUGUGCAAACGAUGCACAGUUUCAGUUACUACAAAAGGUCACAUUGACAUUAAACGGUAUAAAAUUUCAGUUUGAAGUCUUUUCAAACAAAUGACAUUAUUUGCACAAAGCGAUUGGAGGAAAGUUGCGAGAAGUGAAACUUGCAGUGGUAUCACAGAUGCGCAGUCAGAUGAAUGAGGUCUCUAAACUAAGUUCCCGGAGUUUAAUUGACUAGAAUAAUAUAGGAAUGUUAGGAAACUCAUAUAUUUUUUACUGAAUAUGGUGACUCUUAAAUGAGGCUAUGUUUAGAUACUAUCCACUCAUCCAGUGAAAGGUCCAUUUCAGUGUAUCAGCAGCAGGUUUAUGGAUUAGACCAGUGGGGUCCAAAGAGCUUCAAGACCCGGUGUCCUACAUAUUUAAUUACCAGGCCUCUGGAGAGUUUGAAGACACAUAGAGGAGGUCAUUAGGCAAUUAAAUCAGCCGUGUAGAAACAAGGACACAUUCAAAACCUGAGGGACACCGGUGCUGAAGAACUGGACAGAACAACUAAAAAAAUAUUAUUGAUUAUUUUAAUAACAUUUUACUAGUAAAUCGUUAAAUUCUAUGUGGAUUUAAGAUACAGGUAAGAAAAAAAAAAUCUAGUGAAAAAUAAUCCCUAUGUGGUGCUAUAAUCUACAGAGUGAAGGACAGGUUCUGGGGUCUACAGUGGAGGAGAAAUACAUUUGUAUGCACUUUGCACUGACAAGUGAAGCAAAAAAAAUAAAUUAGUUAUAACAUAAGUCAAACUAUUUAUCAAACUGUUAUCUAACUGCGACUUAAGUUUGCCAAUAUGUCAGCCCAUUCAAAGUGAAUUCAAGGCUAGACUAUAAAAACAUGAAGACAGAAGCUUGUCAAACAUCUCUGUGUGAAAUCUUUAUGACAAAAUGUUUUGUUAAUGUCAGCUAAUGUGUGGCCAAUUUUUUUUUUUUUUUAUUCUCUCUUCUUACUUAAUUUCCAGCAGCAAAUAGGUGAUUCUGCAUUCUGGUGCCACAAAUUUAAACAUCAAGUCUAACUUGUGUUUUUUCCUCUCUCUCUGUCUCUCUCUCUCUCUCCGACUAACCUAAAUGUCUUGGUUCUGAUUAUGUCCUAAACACAGAUCUUUAUUAUGGUUGCUCUCAACUUCUGAUUGACACCUUUUAGACUCCCAGACUGUGACAAAAUGCCAAGUUCUGUCUGUUUCUAUGCUCUGUUGGCGGCAUGAGGGGCAUAUCCUCUGUGCUUUAGGCGGAAAUUGAAGAUCUUGGAAGUCUAAAUUUGGAAAACUGAAUCCGUCUUUCCCGAUAGCUGCAAGAGUCGUGAUGAAUCUCCAGCAUUCUUUUUUGAUGACAAAUUACAGGCCUAGUUCAGAAGCCUGGAAUAUGCAAUGCAACCCACUCCAAGCUGAAAAAAAGAAAACAAGUGGUCAGCUGACAAAAAUAAAAUAAAACGGUGUACGAUGCCCUUAUGUCUCAAAAACAACAGAGAAGUUGCCUUAAAUCUUGCUUGUAUAAUCUCCACAGCUAGACAAUGAUCUUUGCUUGUAAAGACGACUCUCUCUCCUUUGUACAAAAUGAAAUAACUUUGUUAUCUUGCUAGUGUCAAUGUAUAGAUGAUCAGCUUUUUUCUGUAACUUGUAUGAAUUGUCACAUUUUUUGCUAAGAAGAAAACCCUCCUGUUUCUCAGUUCCCCCUGUUCCUAAACAUGCAAUAUGUGCAACGUUAUGAUCUCGUGGUGGACUGUUUUUUUUUUUUUCUUGUGUGCAUUUUACAGUAUUAUUUAUUGUCAACAUGUUUUUGAAUUUUCAAAUAAUAGGAAAGGGAUGGUUGGACAAUAACCGGACCUUACAUUUUUAAACUGGAGUCGAUGCUGACAAAAGGAGGACUUUUUAUUAAGACUUUGUACAUAACAUGUGGCCAAACUUGCUUUGGAGAAGAAAAAAAAAAAAUCAAAUUUUGUGUUGUAACAGUUAUUGUUUAAUUAAAGUGGAUUACUCAUGAAGAGAAAUAAAUAAGAGGCACACACACUUCUA